AUGCGUUUCUCUGUUACUUUGCUCGCUCUCGGCGCUGGUGUCUCUUCCGUAGCAGCCACCGCCAUCCACCCCCGCUCCUCCCACCUCUUCCCUCGCCAAUUCGACUACUCUGAAAUCCCCGACUCCUGCUCCGACAUCUGCUACACCGCCAAAGACGUCUUCACCGCCUGUCAAUCCGGUACCGCCACCGAAGGCUGCCUCCAAGCCUGCCGCCAAGAAGACACAGACAACGGCGGCGCUCAAACCAACUAUGACAAUAUGGUAUCUUGCAUGACGUGUACGGCGAGAAGCAGUAAUGUGACGGAUGAUGAGAUUUUGAAUAUGGAGCAGGCGAUGGAUCAGUUGAAGGAGGUUUGUGAGGAGACGCAGAGUGUUUCGAUUACGGGGUACUUUUCUGCUACUCGACAGAUUAGUUCUACUAGGAGCUCUUCCUUCGCUUUCCCCACCGGAAGCACCAGCGUCUCUUCCUCUUCUGCAUCUACCUCUGCCUCUGGAUCCACCAGCGACGCCUCCUCCAGUGCGACCUCUUCUAGCAGCAACGCCUUGCCCGUCCUCUCCGCCUUCUCCCUUGGCUCGAUCGGUCUCGUAGCUGCUCUUGGCGCUAUCGGUGCUAGUGCUGGGGCGUUCUUUGUGAUCUGA